AGAGAGAGAGAGAGAGAGAGAGAGAGAGAGAGACGAAACCGCUGCGUGGACGCGACGGAGCGUGGAUAUAAACACUAGCUGUUGUUUUGUGAUGCGAGACAGUAAGAUUUGACGGUUUUAAGUUCACGAACAACAUUAGAGACGAACGAUGGAGGAAAAAUUGCCCGAAGAUCUGGCGAAUCUCUCCGAGCUGGACGAGAAAAGUUUGCUGGAGGUUUUGACUGGACGCUUCACACAGAACCUCAUCUAUACCUAUAUAGGAGACAUCUUGGUGGCUAUUAACCCAUUUAAAUAUCUUUCAAUCUAUGAAAAAGAGGUAUCUGAGCGUUAUAAGUGCCAUGAGAAGAAGUCUUUGCCCCCUCAUAUAUUUGCUGUGGCGGACCGGGCCUAUCAGUCCAUGCUGGGACGACUGGCCACGGGACCCAAGAACCAGUGUAUCGUGAUCAGUGGUGAGAGCGGCGCGGGUAAAACAGAGAGCACCAAACUGCUGCUGAGACACAUCAUGGAGCUGUGCAAGGCCAACUCGCAGCUAGAGCAGCAGAUCCUGCAGGUGAAUCCACUUCUCGAGGCCUUUGGAAACGCUCAGACGGUCAUGAAUGACAACAGCAGUCGCUUCGGGAAAUACAUCCAGCUCCGCUUCCAGAACUCUUCAGUCAAAGGGGCAAAAAUCAACGAGUAUCUCCUGGAGAAAUCCCGUGUGGUUCAUCAGGAUGAGGGAGAGCAGAACUUCCACAUCUUCUACUUCAUGUUGGCUGGCAUCUCGAUGGAGGAUAAAGAGAUAUACGGCCUCCUGGACCCCACGCGCUACCGUUAUUUGAAUGGCAGGUUUGGGCAGGAAGACGUGGUUCAGGCCUGGCGUGUGAAAUAUGCUGAAGUGUGUAACGCCAUGGACAUGGUGGGAUUUGAGGAGCAGGAAAAGGUGGACAUGAUGACCAUUCUAGCUGGCAUUCUGUCUUUGGGGAACAUCACCUUUGAGACGACAGACAGUGAUGCUCUGAAGGUGUCCGAGGCGUCACGCGGUUGGUUAAAAGCUACUGCGGGUCAGUUUGGCGUUCAGGAAGAGGAUUUACUGAAGAGUCUGACGUGCACCACAUCAGUGACGCGAGGAGAGGCCAUCCAGCGACUCCACAACCAGCAGCAGGCUGAAGAUGCCAGAGACUCCAUCGCUAAGGUGGCCUACGGUCGCGUGUUCGGAUGGAUCGUCAGUAAAAUCAACGAACUGCUCGCUCCUAAAGUAGACUGUGACGUGGAGCUCAAUGAAAUAGGAAUCCUUGACAUCUUUGGUUUUGAAAACUUUGCUGUGAACCGAUUUGAGCAGCUCUGCAUUAAUCUGGCUAACGAACAGCUCCAGUAUUUCUUCAACCAUCACAUUUUUCUGAUGGAACAGAAAGAAUAUAAAGAGGAAGGCAUCACAUGGGAGACCAUAAGCUUCAAGGACAACAAACCCAUACUGGACCUGUUCCUCACCAAACCCAUCGGGAUUCUCUCACUGCUGGAUGAGCAGAGCGCCUUCCCUCAGGCCACUGACCGAGAUUUUGUUGACAAGUUAAACAGCAAAUUUAAAACUGCUCCAAACUUUGAGGUUGUGCGAAACCACACCCCUCUAUUCACUAUUGUGCACUAUGCUGGGAAGGUGCAAUACAAUGCAAGUGGAUUUCUUGAGAAAAACAGAGACACGAUACCAGCCAACAUUCGCGAGCUCUUCAUCAACAGCGUCACUCCUCUCCUCAGCGUUCUGUUUGCAGCCACAAUUUCCCGAACAGGCACACUAAUGCCACGCAAAGCCAAGUUACAAGUUGCAGAUGACAACUUUAACUCAACCAGGAAGCAGUCCGUCGGCGCACAAUUCAAGCAUUCUCUGGCUGUCCUCAUGGAGAAGAUGUUUGCGGCCGGUCCGCACUUUGUUCGGUGCAUCAAACCCAACCGAAGCAAGCAGCCAGAUCAGCUGGACAGUAAACUAGUGAUGGAUCAGCUGAGAUACAACGGCCUGAUGGAAACCAUCCGAAUCCGGCGGGACGGUUUCUCGUGGCGUCCGGCGUUCAAGGAGUUUGCCGAGAGGUACAACAUUCUGCUGCUGAAACCGGAUCUCCCGCUGGACAAAAGCAGUUGCGUGUCGAUCCUGAACAGCACUGAACUCUCUGGUUGGAAGUGCGGGUCGUGCCGGUUGUUUUUUAAGUACUGGCACCAGGAGGAUUUGGCCCGUCUGCUGGAGAGACUGGGACGAGCGGCGCUUGUCAUUCAGAAGAAUUACCGUGCUCGGAUCUGCCGGAGGAGGUAUCUGUCUCUGCUGGCGGAGAUAUGGCGGCAGCGUCAGGCCCAGCGGGAGAGAGAGGAGCGCGAGGAGGAGGAGAGGAGGAGACAGCAGCUGGAGGACGAGAGGAAGAGGCGUCUGGAGCUGGAGCAGGAGAACCUGCGACCUGCGUCUCCACCGGUGCCCCUGCCGAGGAAGAAGAAGCCAGAGCCCAGGCCGCGCUCAGUGCUGAGCACCGUCCCGAAAGCAGUGCAUCUGGUGCCUGUACCACGGCCCCGCAGCAAGCUGUUUGAGGCGACUCCGUUUGAUAACGAGUUGAAUGAGAACGUUCACCUGGAUGCUUCUCUGAUGCUUCAGCCGAUCGAUGAAGAGCGAAUGAAAGAGAAACACCUGAAGAAGACCAACACCAUCCGCUGGUUCAGAGAGACGCAGGUGCGUAAGCUGACCAGAGACGGCAGCUUCCCCAGCUGGUUCCACGGCAUGAUCACGCGCAGACAAGCAGAAGAUCUCCUGAUCGACAAACCUCUCGGCUGCUUCUUGGUGCGUGUGGGUCAGAGCCGGGAGGGUUACACGCUGACCUUCAGGGGUGCUGAUCGCUGUCGUCACUAUAUGGUGGAGAUGCAGAGCAAUGGGAAGUAUGUGAUUCUUGGGGAGGAUCGGGCUCAUUCUUCUCUCACAGAUCUGGUCCAGUAUCACACUCAGGUGGGCAUCAAGCCCUUCAUGGAGCUGCUGACGCUGCCCUGUGGUCAGAUGUGUGAUCAGGAGCCCGACUAUGAGGAGCUCAAAGCGUUUACAUCAUCAUCAUCAUCAUCGGCGGUAGUGGAACAUCCUGCUGAGGAUCAGGACAUGGACACAGGUUCACAUAAAGUGCACUUACAGAUGCAGCGGCUCUUCCUGCCGCCGGGAGGAAGCUCAAACCCAGAGUCCCACAAACCGCCGGUGCUCAAGCGUAUCUCUGACCGCCGCAGACGGGUCGAAGCCGCUCAGAUGGAGCACAAGGACGACGAUCCGACCAGAGAGAGCAGACCGUUCCCCCGACUCUACCCCUCCAUACGACUGGCCAUGAGAGAAAUCCAGCAGAUCCAACAGCACUUCCAGCAGAGCCAAGAUCAGAUCCAAGUCUCCUCCGGCAAAGUCUUGAGCUCGUGGAAGAGGACGGGUGAGUUAUCAAUCAGAUUUCUUACAGUGUCUUUCUUCCAUAAACCCACACGUCUUGAGCACAGUAUUCAACUUCAUAUCAGCUAAAAAAGCCCAUUUUGACUUCAUUAUAUGCCGAUAAAU